UCCAUCGUCUGCCUCGCGUGCAAGUCGGGAAAGAUCUGAUAAGAUGGCUGGAGUAUAUGGAGUCCUGCGCACUCUCCAGCGGCAGCAGAGAGACAGCUACUGCAUCCUCUUGAGACUGCCAGGAGUAUUAUCUUCAAGCAGCGUGAACCCAAGAAGAAUACUCUCGAUUCAGCAGAAUAAGUGUAGUAAGCCACAGCUUGUAUUACUUGCACGAAAUUACAGUAAUGAAGUACAGAAGCCUUCUGAUGCAAAAGGCAAAGACACUAAUGAGGUUGACAUUGGUCCAGGAACUUGGCAGGAAAUCUACCGAGGUAUUUUGUCGACCCAGAUUCGCAUGGUUAAGACCUUUUCUCUCUCAACAACUAUGUUGGGCCUCAUGAUGCAGCCUAUGCUUGUACAGAAAGCUACGGAGACGAGCUUCGGCAUCGUCGUGGCCAUGGGAUCCUUCAUCGGCUUCUUCACCUUUGUGACGCCCUUGCUCAUCCACUGGAUCACCAAGAAGUACGUGACCCGGCUGGAGUACGACCACGAGAAGGACCUCUACUCUGCCACCACUCUCUCCUUCUUCCUUCGGGAGAAAAAGAUCCACUUCAAGAUCCAGGACAUACACGUGCCGCCUGUUCCAGGUAUGUUCACCACCUUCCUGGCCAAGAACAAACCACUCUUUGUCGAUCCCAAGAUGUUCUCAGACCUCGAGCACUUUGGCAGGAUCAUGGGGUAUGACAAGCCCAUUGACUUCAAGCUCGGCAAGCAGGAGGACGAGAGCUAAAGCUGGAAUGAUGGAAAGUGAUUUUGUUUAGGGUAGGAUUCGCGAAAUUACGGAUGAUGAUGAGGGCCUUUGUAUAUUACUGUUAUUGCUCUUGUCAUCUUCUUUGCUGAGGUCUUUGUGUCAAUAUCAUAUGUAUAUUUUUUUGUAAAAAAAAUCUGAUUUCAUUCUUAUGCAGAUGUUAGGGCAGUGUGAUAAUUUCUCUACCAUGUGUAUAAUAUAUGAUUAUUGUAAGAUAUUAAAGUGGCAAUGAGU